UCUCCAAAGUAAUAUUCAGAGAUCAAACAACACUGUCAUUAGGGUGCCAAGAUGGUGGCACAGGGAUUCACAGUGGAUUUAAACAAGCCACUCGUUUUCCAGGUGGGCCAUCUUGGAGAUUCAUAUGAGGAGUGGGUUCAUCAGCCAAUUAUUAGCAAAGGAAGUCCAAGAUUUUUUGAAAAUGAUAUUUUAGAGCUUUUAACUCGAACGGUUUGGUGGGCAAUUCCAUCAGUGUGGUUACCAAUCGUAGGUUGGUUGGUUUGGACAUCAUUAAAAAGAGGUGGUGGUAUUAGUGAACUAUUUUUGACAUUACUCGGUGGCAUAUUUUUAUGGACAUUUUUGGAGUACUCUUUACAUCGUUUUGUAUUUCACAUGAAGCCUAGUGGAUAUUGGGCAAAUACACUUCAUUAUCUUAUUCAUGGUUGUCACCAUAAGCACCCUAUGGAUGGACUAAGACUUGUCUUCCCCCCUGCUGCAACUGCCAUUCUCCUACUCCCACUAUGGAGUGUAGUUAAAUUGUUACUACCUUUCACAUAUGCCCCUGCCUUUCUUGGAGGAGGUUUGUUGGGUUACAUCAUCUAUGAUUGCACACAUUACUACUUACAUCAUGGCAAACCAUUCAAAGGAAUUUCACAUUCACUCAAGAGGUAUCAUAUGGACCAUCAUUUCAAACUUCAAGAUAAGGGAUAUGGAAUCACUUCAAAAUUUUGGGACAUCAUCUUUGGGACACUACCUCCUAAACCUACCAACAAAAUUAAGUAAUAUUUCUUCCUACCUCAAAAGGGGAAA